GGAGCGCUCUCGCUCUCUCUCUCUUUCUCUUUCUCCCUCCCUCUCUCUCUCCCUCCCUCCCUCCCCUCUCACACACACUGCACACACUGACACACACACGCACACACACUCACGUACACACACUCACGCACACGCACGGAGCAUCCUCCCAUUAGGUCUCCCGGUCCAGCCCCGCCGGCGCCUCCUGCUUGCUGCAAACCCUCUCCAGCUCCCCCACACGCUCCCACCCCCUUCCCUCCGGCUUCAGGACCCUCCUCGCCGACCCGCACCCCACUCCUGGGAUGGAGCGGAUCGAGCCCGCCCGGAGCCCCCCGCGGCCGGGGUGACGGCCCCCGCCCCUCUCCCGCCGGCCCCCGCCCGGAGCACCAUGGGCCCCAGGGGUUCCUUAGGCGCCGGACGCUGAAGAUGACGGAUGCUGGAGCUCUCUUGAGCCAUGGCUUCUUCAAAGCUCCGAGAACCCGCUGAUGAGGUUUUUGACCUAGACUUGGCUGUGCCAGAGACCGUCAGACUGGACAGCAGUUUACACAAAGCCCGGGCCCAACUGCUGGCCAAAGGCCGCAGGCAUCGGCCUUCCCGCUCGCGGCUUCGGGACAGUGCCAGCUCCGCGGAGGAUGGUGAAGGCUCCGAUGGGCCCGGAGGCAAGGUGACCGACGGCUGCGGGAGCCCCCUGCACCGGCUGCGCUCGCCUUUGCACUCGGGCCCAGGGUCUCCGGCCGUGGGCUCGUUCUGCCUGGAGCCUCCGGGGUUGCGGCGCAGCCUGGAUGAGGAUGAGCCGCCACCCUCGCCGCUCACCCGCUACCGACCCCUGCACAACGCCGCUUCGCACGAGGGCCUGGCCGCCGCCUCCUGCUCGCCGCCGCGCUCCGCGCCCUCCUCGGACAGCUCGCCCAGCUUUGUGCGCCGCCACCUGCGUGCGGAGCCGCACAGCGAAGAUGAUAGUCGGGAUGCCAGCCCACCUGAGCCUGCCAGUCCCACCAUUGGCCUGGAUAAGAAGACUCGCCGGAAGUUCCUGGACCUGGGGGUCACCUUACGCCGAGCAUCUACUAGCAAGAGCCGGAAGGAUAAGGGCAGCAACCGCCUGUCCAUGGGCAGCAGGGAGUCGGUGGAGGGGUCCAGCAGGUCAGGGGGCUCCCCGUUCCUGCCCUUUUCCUGGUUCACAGACAGUGGCAAGGGCUCAGCGUCCUCCGGCAGCACCACCUCCCCUGCCUGCUCCCCUAAACAUGAGAGCUUCAGCCCUAAGAAGUCAGCUUCUCAGGAAUCCACCCUGAGUGAUGACUCCACACCCCCCAGCAGCAGCCCCAAGAUCCCGAGUGGUCCCCGGCAGGAGGCCAAGUGUUCCUACCCUUACCACACGCUGUCCCAGUCUUCGGAUGAGUUCCUGGAUGAACCUCUUCCCACUAUCCACCACUGGACCAGUCAGCAGGUGGGCCAGUGGCUGCACAGCCUCAACCUGGAGCAGUAUGCCGCUGAGUUUGCCGCACGGCAGGUGGACGGGCCGCAGCUACUGCAGCUGGAUGGAAGCAAACUGAAGAGCCUGGGGCUCAGCAGCUCGCAUGACCGGGCACUGGUGAAGCGGAAGGUGAAGGAGCUGGCAGCGGCCGCUGAGAAGGAGCGCAAGGCCCAGGAGAAGGCUGCCCGGCAGCGCGAGAAGCUCCGGCGCAGGGAGCAGGAGGCCAAGAAGAGCUAGAGGAGAGCCAGGCAGGCAUGGCACCCAGGCACGGGCGGCCACCGCUCGGCGGGCACAGCCUCCCCGGGGAAGUGGAGCUUGGGCUGGCCUGGCCCCACGGUCUCAGGGGUACAUGCCCUCUCUCAUCUUGUCACUCGGUCUGGACCAAGAUCCCCCAGAAAGGGAGACCCAGGGAGAGGGCCCAGCACUAAAUCGACUUCCAGAACUGGUUUGGCACAGAGUUCCUGGGGGAGGUGGCAGGUGAUGGGAAGAGGGCAGAGGCCAGAGCUAAAGGCAGCUGGGAGCCCAGAGGCACCGGGGUCAGUCUGACCCUCUGUCCUCGGGCCACCGUGGUGCUGGGGCUGGCAGUGAGCCGGCACGCCUACCUGCCUGCCUUCCAGAGCCCCUGCCAUGGGACCAGGGUCCCAGGGCUCGGACAGGUGGCGGAGCUGCUGGGGAGGAGUGGGUGGGUGGAGUCGUUCCUCUCAGGCUCUCCAAGGCGGCGGAGUGUGGGAGAGCUCUCUGUUCCCAGGGAGGCCGGUGGGCACUGCAGCAAGCUGCACUCAGGGUAGACUCCCAGUCUCCUCCUCAACAGGAGAGCAGAGGAAACAGCAUGGCUAUCCGCGCGGUCUGUGCAGGACUUCAGGCGAAGGGAGGAUGAACCCUCCCUCUUCUCUUCCCUCCCCUGCCCUCCCGUCCCCAGGACGAGAUGACACCUUACAGGCCUGCCCCUCCCCGGGCCCAGCCAGGCCUGCGUCUGUCCUGCUCUCCAAGGCAGGCCGCCUCCUCCUCCGGCUGCCCUCACAGGGCACCUGAGCCCUCCCUGCCCACAGAACAAACUCAGAGCUGGUGGAGACACAGGACGCCCCUGCCAAUGCCCGUGUGGGACCGAACGGGCGAACCCUCACCCAGGCCGGGCAGAGGCAACUCUAGGUCCCCCGGAAACUGCUCGAUUGGCAGGGUUUGCAGCCCUCCCUCGUCCGGAAGACAGUGCGAGCCCGGCCUACAGGAGGGGGGCCAGCCCCCACCCCGUGGGGAUGGAGGGCAUCCCAGCAGCCCAUGGACGGCACCUGUCCUUGUAGGGAGAGCAUUCGGGGCUAGAAAACGAGCCAGCUUCUGGAGCACUGGCCAGUUCCCAGUGGGGCUAGGGGGCUUCUGACUAGAAGUGACCCCACCCCUCCAUCUGCCUGGAGUGGGGGACAGGACCCAGUGCAUGCCGACUCCCCUCAUUCCUGCCCAGGGCUCGCAGCUUGAGGGCCACCCCGUCCCUGGGACCCAGCCCUUUGCUGCUCGUUGCUGUCUGCGCUGGAGGAGGGGCUUCCGAGGGAAACAGAUAUGGGGGCACUGGCACCACCUGGGCCCGGUGGAGGCUGGUGGGGAGGUCGGAGGGCACCCAGGUCCUGGAAGCUAUCGGGAGCUCUGUGGGUGCCCACCUGCAUGUGAAGGGGGGAGGCAGUACUCAAUUUAUUUCAAUAAACACUUAUGAUGUGCCA